CUCUCGGGUCUCGGGUCGCGCAGUGCGGCAAGAUGUCAGUUCCAAGUGAGCGUCGUGAGAUUGUUAUUAUAGGUGGCGGUAUCAUUGGUUGUUGCUCCGCUUAUUACUUAACUCGACAUCCCUCUUUUGACUCUUCGCGACAUUCAGUGACUCUUCUUGAAGCGUCGGAAAUUGCGGGGGGAGCAUCAGGCAAGGCGGGCGGUCUUUUGGCAUUAUGGGCAUACCCAAGCAAUAUUGUGCCCUUGAGUUACAAACUACAUGCGGAACUGGCCAAGGAGCACAAUGGUAAAGAAAUAUGGGGGUAUCGACAGGUUGGCUGCGGACAGCUUGUUGCUAGAGGCCGCCCACUGCAGGAAAAGAAGGACGCAGGCAGAGAUGGCAACUCGGUGUCUCUUCAGAAACGCAGCCCAGCAGCUAUGGGAAAGUUGAAAACGGCUCAAAUGCCCGAGGGCCUAGACUGGAUUGAGUCGGGCCUUGUAAGAGGCUAUGAAAGCAUGAGUGACCCUGGUGAAACGGCACAAGUUCACCCAUAUCUUUUUACAACGUCAAUUGCAAAGCUGGCGGAGGAGAAGGGCGCCAAGAUAACAUUAGGAUCAGUUGCCAGUAUUGAUUAUGAGAACGAUGCCGUCAAAUCCGUCACAUACACGGCCAAGGAAACUGGUCAAUCGCACACCAUCCCUGCAACCGAUGUUGUAGUGGCUGCGGGCCCCUGGACCACUUCCGUCAUGCCCGAAGCUCCAAUUUCUGCAACACGCGCGCAUAGCGUUGUUAUACGCCCUACUAGGCCAACUAGCGCACAUACUCUCUUCACCAAUAUUGAGAUCCCAGCUGAUUUUGAUCCGGCCAAUCCAUCACGUCCCACUGUGGCAACCCCCGAGAUCUACGCUCGCCCCGACGAUACAGUCUACGCCUGUGGAGAAGGAGACCAGACUGUUCCGCUGCCAAGUACCACUGCUGAUGUUGAAGUCGAUCAAAAGCGUUGCCAGGACAUCAUCAACCAAGUCGGUGCUAUCUCUGACGUCCUACGGGACGGAGAGGUGUGUGCGCGGCAGGCCUGUUACUUGCCCAAUGUCACUGCUAUCCGUGGGGGCCCAUUAAUUGGCCAUACGGGUACUAAGGGACUUUACCUUGCUGCCGGCCAUACCUGCUGGGGGAUUCAGAAUGCGCCAGGCACAGGAAAGCUAAUCAGCGAGUUUGUGUUUGAUGGUAGGGCAAAGAGUGCGAAUAUCAGGUCUUUGGACCCCAGGAGUUUUCUGUAAUCCCUAGAACAGAUUAAUGUACAUAGAAUUUACAACAGCGAAGAGAUAAGACUAUCAGGGUAAUCUAAUUGUAGAUCAA